AUGGCCUCUGAAAAUGGCGACCCAUUUGAUGGGGCUUCUCCAAACGUAUUUCACCUGCAAGAAGCUGACAGUUACGAUGAUCUGCUCGGUGUCCAAGUUCACAUUGAAGAUCUCGAUCUACCAAUGCCGGAAUCCCAGGAAGAACUCGUCCAAUCUACACCAGGACUUGACAACGAAGCCAUGUCAGAUAUUUUUAUGGAAAAUUCCAAGAUAGAACCACUAGUCCAGAGCAAAGAUACUGACGCGGACAUUCUGCCUGGUUUAACGCCACAGCCAUGCAAGGUCUUUGCCUCAGAGCCCCGUGACGUGGUGACUGUCAAGCCUGGAGUCAAAGAGAAGGAUACGGCGGAGCCAGAGAAGUCGAAGCGCAGCAGUGUGCUAGUCAAGUGCGAGAAGGGCACACCAAACCCUAUGCUCGCACAGCAUGUAUCUGCGAAGAAAAUCCCCCCGAACGAACUUUCGUCGCCGAACGGCUUCAUCUGCAAUCGCGUCCUUGAGCUCUCUGAUACGGGUGAUGAAACCCUCAUCAAAAAGGAGGACAACGAAGAUCCUUUAACUUGGACCAGCAUGCCAGAUGAUAUCAUCUCCAUCUCCGAUAGUGAUGAGGAUCACGACACUCUGAUGCUGCAUUCAGAUGGAAGCUCAGUGCCCAUCAAAAAUGAGGACAACGAAGAUCCUUUAACUUGGACCAGCAUACCAGAUGAUAUCAUCUCCAUCUCCGAUAGUGAUGAGGAUCACGACACUCUGAUGCUGCAUUCAGAUGGAAGUUCAGUCCCCAUCAAGAAGGAGGACGAUGAGGUCGAGUUUCUUUGGGCGAAUAUGGGUGAUCGUGUGAUUGAGCUUGAUUCCGACAGUGAGCCAAGUGCUACUUCGAAGCUUAAUCUAGGGAAGUCAUUCCUGAAAGGAAUAAACCCGAAAGGCAGGCGUCCACCCAUCGACCUUUUAGGAGCCAGGCGAGCACAGGAAGCCUAUCUCCGGGCUCAUCGCCGUAACCAUGAUAUCCCGGAACCCUCGGCGUAUCAAGGAGUGCUUAAUGGACUUGGGCUUCAAGGAUUGAAGCGGUCAGAUCUUUCUGUUGACGAUAACGGGUCCGCCUGGAUGAACACUGAAUAUAUCUCGGACGAAGACACUGGCAGAAACUUUCGAGCUCUCAGAAAGAGCUACAAUUCCAAAGUCCGAAAGAACAUCAAUACACUGGAUGAUGACAUCGAAUUUGUAAAAGCCGAAAAGGCGGAGAAUCUCCGACUCGCGAGGCUCAAGGCUGAAUAUGAAGAUGCUCGCGGCUACAGCGACGACGACAAUUCUGACGACGGUCUCUUUGUAUCCCCUUCAUCAGCGAGAACUUCUCGUCCGAAGAGACGCGCAGCUGACGAGCCCAAUGCGGAAAAUGAGAUCUCGGAUUCUCGGACCCCAAAGCACCGCAAGCCAAACAACAGCCGUAAAGGAACUCAGCACGAACUAGAUCAGGAGCAAGAAUUCAACAUGAUGGCGGGAAUUGAAGGCGUUAUCCGUAAGAUCGAAGAAGAAAAAGCUGAAAAGUCGGGAAAGAAAGGCAAGCACAAAUCUGGUAGAAAUGCCAAAGCUGGCAAGAAGGAAGGUUCGAAGAGAAUGAAACGCACGCCCAACGAUCGUGGAUACCUGAAUGAUUCGAACAGUCUUCUGACCAGUAAUGUCUACGAAGACGCAGAUGCGAACCUCAAUCGAGAAGCACUGCCUGUUUCUGGGCACACCCACAAGAAGAAAGCACUCGCCGCGCUUGUUGCCAGUGUCCCUCUUGGAACGACCAAAAAAGAUGCCGUGGCCGAGAAGAACCAUAUUUUGAAAUCGACUGUGACCCUUGGUAGAAAUAUUAAAGGGACUUGCAAGGCAGAUGGCGCAAACGGCUGGAAACUUACGGGCAUGAAGUCAUCGCUCCGCCAUCAUCAAGUACAAGGAGCAGCUUUUAUGAAGAAUCGAGAGACCGGCGGCGAGAAGCCAUUGGGUGGCAUAUUAGUCUUGAAAUCAUACCCAAAACUUGAUGUACCUGAAGACAUCCGCGACGAGGAAGAGUUGAAAGCCUGGUGGGAGAAGCAAUGGAACAAAGAGAGAGAUGUACUCCACCAAGUCCAGUUUCACAGAGUUGUACUCGAUGAAUCUCAAGCUAUCAAGAAUCACGAGACCCAGACCUCAAUUGCAUGCAGAGCCUUGAUGGCAAGGCAUCGCUGGGCUCUAAGUGCGACCCCAAUCAUGAACAGAGUAGAUGAGCUCUAUCCGUACUUCAAGUUCUUGCGCGUCCCAUACACCGGCUCUUUCGGCGACUUUCAGGAAAACUACUGUAAGCCGGGCAGCGAUGAUUGCAACUCGCGAUUGCAUUGUCUUCUGGAUCAGAUUAUGUGCAGAAGGACACUCAAAGACACCAUACUCGGAGCGCCAAUUGUGAAGUUGCCAAAGCACAAUCAGAGAACGAUCAACAUCGAGUUCAGCCCAGUGGAGAAAGCCAUCUAUCGACGCGUCUUCAAAAAAUUCGUCCGUGUCUUGAACAAGGCCUCUUCAGACGGAAAGCUCGAGAAGCAUCCAGGCCUUGGUUUGGUUGCUUUCCUCCGAUUACGACAACUGUGUGCUCACACGUUCCUCGUCCAGGAGGUUUUAGAAGAGAUUUUGGACCUUGAAAGCAUCGAUAACAUGGAACAAGCACUCAUUUGCGGCGCGACUAUAGAGAACAAGAACGAUCGAAACUUGCUAGAAGCCCUGAGACGUAUGAUCAAGGCCAAGGCGGAAGUGGUAGAACAGCCCGAAGAGUCUGAACAAGAGCACCCUGGCAAGCUUGCAGCCAAGUUCGGCAGCUACCUCAAGACUUUGAGAGCGAACUCCAAUUGGGUUGAACUUAGGAUUCGUACUCAAUGCCAUUCGUGUGGGGAACCACCUGAGAGCGCCAUUGUUACAAGCUGCCUGCACGUCUAUUGCAAAGAAUGUCUUCAGGGCAUAGCCAACACAGCAUCCACGAAAGACGAAGAUGAGACGGCUUGUCUGGAGUGCGGUGUGGUCUUCACUGGAGCCGAACCUUGCGCCGGCCUGAAAGAAUUGGAAUGGGACGACCUUUGGCUGCUCAAUGAAAUGGCUGGCUGCAAGAGAAGACCUAAGAAAGUCAACAUGGAGUGGGUUACCUAUGAGAACAAGCUUGUGAUGUCUGCUAAAAUCACCGCCGUGCGAACGCAAGUCGAGAAGUGGUUGGAAGAAGAGCCGGAUAAAAAGAUUAUAAUCUUCAGUCAGUUCCACAUGAUCAUGCAGAUCCUGGAGAAAGUCUGUCAGAAAAAGAAGUGGAAAUACUGCACCUACCAUGGAAAGAUGUCACACAAAGCCCGCGACAAGGUGAUCACGGAAUUCGCAAACGACGAUGAUAUGAAGAUCAUGAUUGCCUCUCUUAAGUGCGGUGGCAUUGGCUUGAACUUGACGAUGGCUUCGAAGGUUGUCUGCAUUGAUCUUUGGUUCAACAGCUGCAUGGAGCAGCAAGCCUUCUGUCGCGUGUUCCGCAUCGGCCAAGAGUCAGAGACCUUCAUCUCGAGAAUAGUCGUCGGCGGUUCAGCGGACGACAAGCUCAUGGAGAUGCAGUUGAAGAAGAGCGCACUGAUAGGUCAGGCAAUGGACGACAAGUCUGUCAUGUCAAAGCUCACCACCUACGAUAUUCUGCGCUUGUUCGGGGAGGUCAAGCUCGAUAAGAACCAGAGGCCGUUCAUUCAUCUGGAUGAUGACGAAAAGCUCGACAGCCUCUUUGAGAAACGUGGCGAGACUUGA